AUGGCGGAACCGAAACAAAGCUCUCUUCCUGAGGAGAAGAAAAGUGUGAUUGGAAGAAGCAGUGAAGAAUCGAAGGUUCAUGAGAAGGAGACACAUGGAAGAAGCGAAGACAUUGAUGAGAAGACGAGAGUGGAUGAUGUGAAAGGACCUGGUGUCAUCCAUCGUAUGAAGGAAGAGAUUGAAGCCGUUGUCGACGCUGUUACUCCUAAUAAAACUUCCGACAAGUGA